CGUUGUAGAUUUUUGCUAUAAAUCAUUGAUCCUCUUUCCAACACAUCUUCUCCCACCGACUAAACCAUUUUUGAAGGCAAAACUCCAUUGAAGAAAAGUUGGAAAGCAGAGAGCAUGGAUAGAGAGCAAGAAGAGAUGCAAUUUGUUGGGUUCUUUGGUGUCUACAAAGAAGCCUCCAAGAUCAUAAUUUCAUGGCGGAAAAUCUUCUCCUACAUCACCCUAACACUCAUCCUCCCUCUCUCCUUCAUCUUCCUCCUCCACAUAGAGGUCUCUUCCCUCCUCUUCAGGAAGAUUCUCUACAACUCAAUAGUCAUGGAUGAGACAAAGCCCAACACACCUCAAUACAACAAGCUCUCCGACAUGAUCUCUUCUGAAUGGAUCACUCUGGUGCUCUUCAAACUCGUUUAUUUCACUCUGCUUCUCAUCUUCUCCCUCCUCUCUACCUCAGCAGUGGUCUACACCAUCGCUUCCAUCUACACAGCAAAAGACGUAACUUUCAAGAAGGUGAUGAGUGUGGUCCCAAAGGUUUGGAAGAGGCUCAUGUUGACGUUCUUAUGUGCCUUUGCUGCUUUUUUCGCUUACAAUAUCGUGACCAUGGUGGUUAUCUUCUUGUUGGCAAUUUCAAUCGGGUUAAACACCGGUGGGUUUGUGGUUUUUGCUGUGAUAGCGGUUUUGUACUUCGUUGGGUUUGUGUACCUCACCGUGGUGUGGCAACUGGCGAGUGUUGUGACUGUGUUGGAGGAUUCGUGGGGGGUUCGAGCCAUGUUGAGGAGCAAGGAGUUGAUAAAGGGAAAGAUGGUGUUGUCCAUAUUCGUGUUUUUUACUCUUGUCGGGUCUUUUGUUUUGAUAAGAGUUUUGUUCAAGGAGACUGUGGUGGAUGGAUGGAGUGUGAUCUCUGUCGACAAAACAGCAUACGCUGUUCUUUGUUUCUUGCUCUUGUCUUGUUUGUUCCUCUUUGGGCUUGUUGUGCAAACUGUGAUCUACUUUGUUUGCAAGUCCUUUCAUCAUGAGAAUAUUGACAAAUCAGCUUUAGCAGACUAUCUUGAAGUUUAUCGAGGAGAGUAUGUGCCUUUGACAGCCAAGGAUGUUCAGCUCGAGCAGUACCAAGUUUAAUGUACAACGUAGCUUUGGUGUUAAUAAAUGGUGCGAGGUGUGUUUUGUUGGUAUUAGAUUGAGUUUGUGGGUGUGAUUAAUGUUAUGGUAAGCAGUAUCUAUCAGCGUAUUAAUUUAGGCACUGAGUAUAUGUGGUGGAGCAAAAAUAGAAUCACGAUUUGUUGUUCUGAAAUGGUAAGAAAAUGAAAUUUCAUUGGUUACUUCUACAAAAGGAGAAAGGUUGUGAAUUA